AUGUCUUCAGUUUAGCAAUUUUGUGAAGAUCUUUCGAAUAUAGAUUUGAAGGAUCCAAAUGCAAAAGAGAUGAUGAUGAAAAAAAUAACAUAGUAUGAUUAAAAGUAAUUAUCAUAAUAAAAAUUAGUUUUGCUUAAAUCAAUUUUCAUCCAACUCCAUCAUAAUUAUCAUAAAAUUAUAAGAGAGAUAUUUCAAAGAUCUAACUACCAUAAAAUGGAUCCGAAAUGGAAAAACAAUUAAAAACAUAAUUUAUAGCAGAUGGAUCAAUUUUUGGAGAAUAUUAAUCAAUAUUAAGAUAAGCACAUGUUCCUGCUUUUGUUGUACCUCCACCUCCUCCUCCAAAACCAGAAGAAUAAGCAGCAUAAAUAUUUUUACGAUUACCCUACAAUUAUCUAGAUUAAAAUGCUAAUACAAAAAUUGAAUCUAACUUCAUAUAACAACCCUAAAAUUAAUAACUAAGUUAAAUUUCAAAUUUUUUAUCUACUAUUUAAAAUCAAAAUUAACCCAAUUAAAAUCAAAAUUAAUAACAUCAAAUGUAAAAUCCAUCAGCAAUUUAAGCAAAUAUUUUGAAUAAUCAAUAAUAAAUGGACUUAUAAAUGUAAAUUAAUUAAACACCUAAUGGUUUAGAUAGUGAUUUUAUAACCAAUAUAAAAAAAACAGUUAAUAUAUUAGGAGGAAUAGAGGACACAGUUUAAAGUAUAUAUUAAUGAACAUAUAAAGUCAUGAAAUAAUCUUUAUAAGAUUAUGAAUUACAACAUUAGAUUGAGAGAAAGAUAGAAAAACAACCAAUCUUUAAAAACUCGACUUUGAUGAAUCCAUAAAAGAAUACUUAAUCAUAAACUAAUCAAUAACAAUAUCAUCCUUUUGAAAGAUAUAUGGCAACAGAACCAUUAUAAAUAGUAUAAUAAUCAUAAAAGUUAAGGGAGUCAAAAUUAUAGCAAAACAUCCAUAAAUGA